UUUCUCCCUUCUUGGUGAGCAUGUAAUAUGAAACUUUACAUCUCCAGGACGACUAACAACAAAAAGAGAGCGCGAGCACGCAUGCAUGCACGCACGCACACGCAGGCAGGCAGAGAAAGCAGCUGGCUGUCAGUAACAGGAAUAAGAGAAACAGACUGAGAAGGGAGAUAGGCGUCGAGAAUCAAAAAUGCAACGCAACGGCCGCUGACAUGAAAGGACAGUGACAGAAGAACGCAAAGGACAGAGAAAAGAGAAAGUUCAUCAACACCAUUGGAGAAAAGCUCUUCUCAAACUUCUACAGAAUCACAGCAGAAGACUGAUCUGUUCAACUUACAGUUGUAUAAAGAGUUCAACGGUUAUACAUAUUUAUACUACAGUUCUGCAGGUCACAAGGGAGAUGCUGUUGAUGUUCUUUCCUGGUGUCUGGAGGCAGUCAAGGUCUGGAUGGGAGAGAACAGACUGAAGCUAAACCCAAUGCUGCAAGGUGUGGACUGAGAACAGCAGAAUGUCUUUCAAACAGUUUCAGAAAGAACUUAGUGCUAUUGGUUACAAGCUAUGGCUUAAGCUCCAGAGACUACCCAAAGCUGAACCGUUGGAGAUUGUCUGUUUUUUCAUUAUUGUCUUGUUCAUUGCUACAAUGCUUUCAAUGAUGAUCAUAGCUUGCAGCUUUUGCUGCAGCCGCUGUGGCGAUGGGAGUCCAAAACCGAAGGGCAAAAAGAUUCACGUUCAGCCUGCAGCCCAUUUAUAAAGCUGAAUUUUAAAAAGAAUACAGAAGCUGGGGAAAGACUAGGAACGACUCCAAGAUGGCACACCAAUCCAUGGAACAUAAUGGUAGACGAGGAGACAAAGCAAGAGAGAGAGAGAGGGAAGAAGAAAUUAAACCUGAACACAAGACUCCAUUUUACAACAUGACUUUUGUAUGGCAAUGAUGAAAAUGCAGCAUUUGCAGUAUUCUUCUCUCCCCAACCUAUCAAGACAAUGCAAUUUUAAAAAUCCCACAGAACUCCAAGUAUAAAAUCUGGGCAAAAAUGCAGAAGCAAGUUACCCCAGAUUUAAUUUCUGCAUUAUAGCCAAGGAAGCUCCAGAGAGACCAAGAUAUGGGCAAGCAUUCAGCAGAAUGAAGUUUAACACGAGCAUGGUUUCCCCUUGCUGCUGAACUAUUUAAAGCCAAGUUAACCAGAGCGCAUGAUGUCUAAGCAAGUCAUUCAUUCAGAAAAUGAUGCAGACUUGAAGCUGACAAACAAGUUCAGAGACAGCAAAGAAAAGCAGCAACAAAUUCUCUGUGCUUUUAUUAAGAGAAUAAACUGUCUUUGUGCUGUCAAAGAGAGCACAUAUAUUACUCGCUGUAGCUGUUGUCUACCCAGGGAUGAAAGCUGAAGGGAUACGAUAAUGCUCACAAUGCUGUAUUGUUUCUUGUCUUAAAAAUGUCGGUCUUUUUUAAUAUUUUGGUGUCUUCUGUUUAAACUUUGCAUAUGGCAAAUCCUUAAUUCAAAGAAAAGGGAACAAAAGAAUCAUUUGGCUCUAUUAUUGGGCUUAAGAUUUAUAUAUAUGUCCUCUACGAAUACUCCUGAGAAUAAUUUAUAGUUGUGGUAGGUUCUUGUUAUAUUUAAGGCAGUUAAAAUAUAAAAUAUAACUACCAAAGGGGGGAAAAAAGACAGCUCUUGGACUGUAUGCAUGGAAGAGGCAUUGUAACAGGGAUUCUUCCUACCAUUCACUGAGGCUUGCAGUUUAAUCCUUCACCCCCUUCAUUGGGGCCUGUGGUUUAAGGUGCAUUUAUACACCAAGAGAUCAGACAGUGGAAGCAGGUUUAAUUCAGGAAAUGCGUGCAACAGCUGGACAAUAGCAUUACACCAAACAGUAGAGCAAAAACAUAACCAAGAACGAGCUACCCAGCUACAGCUUACAACAGAGUACAGAUCCCUUUCCAAAGAGACAGAUCUUUUAUGUACAGUACGCAGUUUCCGCUUCAGUGGAUUUCAAAGGGAGUUACAUGUGUACAAAAGAGAAACAAUGGCACUUGACCUGUGUAAGUAGAAAUAGAAAAGUUGGUGGUGGAUAAGAGGAUGGAAGAAUUGAACUUUAACCUAGCCUUCUCCAAUCUACUGCUCUGUAGAGGUGUUGGACUAUAUCUGUCAUCACUCCCAGCUAAUACUGCUGGGGAUUAUGGGUGACAUACUCCAAUACGUUUUCAGGGCAGCACAUGUAUUCAUUUUGAUACUACGUCUGUCAUGAUAUUUAAGAGCCAUUAAGAUUUGAUCAGUGAAAAUGGGCAACUGAAGCCUUCUCUCCCACUUCACAAAUUGCGACCAGCACGUGUUUAGACUGACAGCCUGAAUGUUUCCAUCCUUUCCUAUCACUGAUAAAGACUGUAUUUGAACUCAUUGACCAGAACUCUCUUAUUCCCUGAAACACAUCUAUUAUGUCUUUUUCUCUGUUUUGAAAGAUGGAAGCAUCAAACAAUACUUUACAAUAACUAUCAGAAAGCAGGGGAGUUUUUCAAAGAAAUGUAGUAUAACCAUACUGUAAUUUUGCAAGAAAGCUUAAAAUAGGAUGUUUUAGGACAAUAUGUCAUCAGAUACGUUAAAUCAGCAAAGCUGAAAUUCUACAGUCUCUGAAAUGCACUCUUAGGGACCAUAGGAUUUUUUCAUCUCCCUCUCUAAGCACAGACAGAGAGAAAAUUUCAAUUUCAGGUUUUCACCUGUCACUGUAAAACCAUCCACUUCCUCCUAACGUUGGAGCUAUGGUGUUGGAAGAAGGAGAGAGAAAGGACAAUUGAAAGGGUGACAUGAGCAGACUGGGCACUGACUCUGCAGGCCUAAACUGCAGGAUCCAUUUUAUUUUCUGCUCAAUAAGUACUAAUUCAAUGAUACAAAUGCACUUUUUUGUCCCGGCCCUGCCAUUUUUGGGUGUGUAACUUUUGAUGGUAUACGUAUACAGGCAGUCCCCGGGUUAAGAACAACCAACUUAUGGACAACUCAUACUUACAAACAGGCUGCCUAUUACUAAAAAUGGUGGAUGGCAUUCUCCUGCCUCAAGCCGACAAAUAGCUGAAGCCGCACGAUGUUUUCAUGAACUGCUGAAGCUGCGCGUUUUUAAUAUAACAGCAGUUUUUCAGCGGUUCAUAAAAACUGCAGCUUCAGUGGUUUGUCGGCUCAAGGAAGGAGAACACCAUUCACCGUUUUUAGUAAUAGGCAGCCCAUUCAUAAAUACAAGUUCCGACUUACGUACAUAUUCGAGUUAAAGACAGACUCAAGAACAGAACUCGUUCUUAACCUGGGGACUGACUGUAUACACGUAUACAAGUAGGCACCUGCACACAUUUCUUGGAAGGAGGAGAAAUCUCCAGAAUUACAGCUGGAAUUAGCAACAAAAGGGUGAGAAGCUGUGGAAGCUGGACACUGCAUGGAUUUUUGUUUGUUUAUAAUUGUUUUCCUCUAGCUACUGUUUCUUUUGAGGGGAUCACCUUAAAUUCAGAGUCAUACCCCUUUGGGGUAAAUACGGUAGUUACCUGUUACCACAAUAGACAAUCUCAUAGAUCUCUAGUAAUAUCCUAUGAUUCCACAUUUUUGAAUGAUAUAGAUUAAUAAGCCCUUAGAUAUUCUGGUUCAGCACUUUAGGUAUGCUGAAUAUAUAUGUCAUAUGUCAACUAAAACUGUAUACCUUUUUGACUCAAGCUUAGAGCAAUGUACCAGUUAUAUACUGUGCCUGAAAAUAUUUAAUUCUUCCAAAUUCCUGCAAUCCCAGGCAAGUUACAAUACCAGAUUUAUCAAGCCUCAACCAAGUUGCUAUGCAGUACUGCUGCAUUAAGCAGACACGAAUGCAUUGGGUAGACUUCCACAGAAGGAAACCACGUAUAGUACAGACAAAAUCUACACAAAGGGCCUGGAAACAAUGCCAGCUGCAAAGCAACUUCUAGAAGAUGUGAAAACUCGGAUUCUGACAGAUGACUGGGCUCUUGGGGGACUGGUGGUGAUGGUUUCAUUCUUCACUAUCAUCAUUGUCCUCAUUUUGUUUGCUCUGAUCUUUGGCUGCUGUUCAACUCAAAGGAAUAAACUAGGUUCUGUGUAAAUCAUCAGAUCACCCCCCUUUACAGAAUUUGAAUUACAGUGCUGAGUGACUAAGCAGUAUUAAGAGCUGCUUCUUCUUGCUGUUUAUAUUUUGAGUUUAGAAAUGAAUGGAGCAGAGAAGAAACUGAUGCUGCUGAGCCAGGUAACCAGUCACUGUCUGAGGGCUGACUCCAAAUGAAACCUACAUUAAACGACCAUGUUUCUGCUCUGUUUUUGAUUCAAGGAUAGUGUCUGUUAGCAAUGGAAAAUUCAUUAAUAAAUAGCUGUGGUCUCAGAA